AGGGUUUGGGGCAGAGCUGCUGGUGCUCACACUGAGGUUUUUUUGGGGAAGGGUUGGCUGGCCCUCACUGCUUUCCAUGGGGAGAACCCUCUGCUCCAUGUGCCCACUGGGUUUUGUUUCCUAAAGCAAUGGUAAAACCCUUAAGACCUCCAAGUUUUCCAACAUGAGGCGCUCAGCUCUCAGAAACAGUCAGAGAUGAGGGGGAAGCAGGUUCCAGUCAGUUCAGCUGGGAUUUGCACUUGGAGUUCCUCAGAGGCAGGAGCCAGUAAAAGAUUAUUCUGCUAUUUUUAUUUUCAUUCCCAAUUUUGCCCUUCCACCAUAGCAGGAGCCUGGGAGCUCUGGCACGGGAAACCUCCAACUGCUUCCCACAGCGUCCUUAGCCAGGAUGCAGGGAUAGAGCAGAGCCCUUGAGGGUUUGGGUUGGGGUGGAUGAAGCAGGACCCGGGUCCCAUCCCAGUGUUUAAUCUCGGAGAUCCCUGUGGGCUGCUCCCGGGAUCCAAUUCGCUUUGGAUGCGAACACUCCGUUCCUUCUGCCGCUCCCGCUGGAGGAGGGCUGUGGGGAGCAGCAGGUUGUCCCUGCGCCGGGAUGCGAUGUGGGAGUUCAGCCUGGCUUUGGGCUUUUUCCGGCUCCGAAGGAGGGAGCGCUGCGGCGUGGUGAUGCCGGAGGACUCGGGAUGCGCUCCGGGAUGAGCAAUCCCCUCGUUGCCCCUUUCCCGUGCCGCACGGGGCGCUUGGUGCCGGUUCGGCGCGGGAGUGAUGGAGGCUGGUGCAAUGCAGCACGAACCGCUCGCAGCCGAGCCCGGCGCUCCCUCCCCGCUCGCUCCGGCGGCACCCGCGGGGCUCUGCCUGUUUCCAGCAGCUUUCCGCUUGGUUUUCCCCUUCUCCCGGCUUUUCCUGGCAUCCCCAGGCAGCAGCUGGGCCGAGGGCGAUGCAGAUGCGCGCCGGGCACGUCUGUCAGUGGGACAGAGCAAAGGGACCCCCGGCACCUCGGGAGUGACACAGCCGCUCGCUGGGAAGCGGGGCCGGGACACAGGAGAACUUCGUCUCCCGGGACAGCCGAGCCAGGGCUGGCAUGUUUGGGCUGGCAGAGCCUCUGCCUGGCCCGUUUGCAGCCACCCGGGUGGGAGCUGCGGUUUAUCCGCUUCUCGGUCCAUCCCAUCCUCGGAGCUCGGAGCCGAGUUCCCGGCGUGGAAGCGGCCGAGGCCGAAGGCUCAUUCCCGGGAUUGUGACCGGCUCACGGAGCCCCCUGUCCCCUGCAGUGGCCUCCAGCCCGCCGCGGUGGGAGAUCGGGCUCUACGCCGCCGGCGCCUUGGCGCUGCUGGGGAUCGCAGCCAUCAACCUGUGGAAGCUCUGGCGCUCCGGGAGCUACCCGGCCCCUUCCCCCUUCCCCAACUAUGACUACCGGUACCUGGAGCAGAAGUACGGAGCGGCGUGCCCGGACAUCAGGAACAAGCGAGGGCUGGCCCCGGGCUCGCAGCGGGCGCCAGGUCGGAGCUCUUCGUCCCGCAAGAGCAGCCUGAGGGCAGAGGACGCCUUGGAGAGCAUCCAGGAGCUGGGCAGCCUGGAGCUGAUGGGCAGAGAGCUGGGCCUGGCCCACUACGGCCCCCUGCGGAAAUCCAUCUCGGCCGACUCCCUGAACUCCAUCUCGUCCAUCGGGAACAACUUCGGGCAGGAUUUCACGGUGGGGCAGGUGGAGGUGUCCAUGGAGUACGACGGGAGGGCGGCCGCCCUGCAUGUGACGCUGCUGCAGGGCAAGGACCUGCUGGAGAAGGAGGACGCGCGCUUCGAGUCCUGCUUCAUGCGGAUCAGCCUCCUCCCGGCCGAGCAGAUCGUCGGCAUCUCCCGGAUCCAGAGGAGCUCCUACUCCGUGGCCUUCGACGAGCGCUUCUCGGUGCCGCUGGAUCCGGUGGCGCUGGAGGAGAACAGCCUGCGCUUCUCCGUCUUCGGCAUCGACGAGGACGAGCGCAGCGUCAGCACCGGCGUGGCCGAGCUCAAGCUCUCCGACCUGGACCUGGCCACGCGCCCCUUCAACGCCUGGCUCUACCUGCAGGACACCAACAAGGCAGUGGACACGGUGGGGGAGAUCCUGCUCUCCCUGAGUUACCUGCCCACGGCCGAGCGGCUCACGGUGGUGGUGGUCAAAGCCAAGAACCUCGUGUGGAGCAACGGGAAGGUGACCGCAGAUCCCUUCGUCAAGGUGUACCUGCUGCAGGACGGGAGGAAGAUCAGCAAGAAGAAGACAGCGGUGAAGAGGGGAGACACCAACCCUGUGUUCAACGAGGCCAUGAUCUUCUCCGUGCCCGCCAUCGUGCUCCAGGAGCUGUCCCUGCGCGUGACGGUGGCCGAGAGCGGCGAGGACGGGCGCGGUGACAACACGGGCCACGUGCUGAUCGGGCCCGCGGCCAGCGGCAUGGGCACCACGCACUGGAACCAGAUGCUGGCCACGCUCCGCAAGCCCGUCUCCAUGUGGCACCCGCUCCGCAGGAAUUAGGCCGGAUCCUGGGGACAGCGAGCCCGGAGUAGGGACUUGGUGGCACCCCACAAGGCCGAGCUGCUGAGGGGCCCAAAAUAGCCAGAGCAUGGACAGAGCGGCUCCGUGGGCGCGUUCCUGGAUGCGUGGGGCCAGAGCUGCCAGCCAGGACCCAAAUGGACCAAAAGCAACAGGAGCCUCCUCGAAGCGCGGCUCCCGAGCGUUCCGCGUGCUCCCGAUGGCCUCGAAAUCCGCGGAAUCCUCAAACAGGGACUCUGAGCGAGGGAGAGGGGGGAUUCCUUUAUAAGGUGGUUUUUGGGUGGGAAUCGUGAGGGGGGGUGACAAAAGCCAGCUUGGCGUGGGUAGUGACCCUGAGGGAAUCUUUUGUAGUGACUUUGGUGCUCUGUGCCAGGGUUGGAAUGUUUCCAGUGAGAAUGGAAAAAGGGAGCAAUAACAGCAGAAAAUCAAUUGUUA